AGCACAAUGUUCGAAUAAGGACAAUGGUUCACCACAACGCUACGACACGGCUGUGGUCUCGUGUCUGACUUGCGCCCCUGGCAUGAAGAUGACAGUCCUCCGUAACAGUGUGGCUUGAGAACGGUUCACCUGAUAGUGGCGGGUUGGCUAUUCGGAAGGACAGGUAUUACCUAGGACCUUUGAGGAAGAGAAGACUCAAAAUUGUCUAUAUAUUCUGUGGUUUCCUGCGUUUCAAUCGCAUCACAAUCAUCACAACUCAACAAUUCACUACAAUCUCACCCACCAUCACGCUUACAAUGGACCCAAUUACACCCAUUCCGCUCCCCAGGAUCGAUGAACCAGAAGAGUACAAUACGAAUUAUGUACUCUACUGGAACCAUGUCGGAUUAGAGCUCAACCGUGUAACACAUACUGUGGGAGGCCCUCAGACGGGACCACCCAUAUCUGCCAGAGCUCUAGGCAUGUUGCACUUGGCAGUUCACGACGCCUAUUUUGCUAUCAACCCUUCGGCUGACAUCCUGACGUUUCUCACUCCCAAUGCUGAGAAUGCCGCGUACCGUCUCCCUGACCUCAAUGGAGCGGAUGAUGCUCGUCAAGCCGUGGCUGGAGCUUCUCUCAAGAUGCUCUCCUUGUUGUAUAUGAAGCCUGAUAUGCCGCCUACCAACAUCUCCGACAACGCUUAUGCACAGCUCGGGCUGGUUCUUGACCGAUCAGCUGCGGAAGCACCCGGUGGUGUGGACCGGGCUUCAGCCAGUUUCUUGUUUGGUGAAGCCGUGGCAGAUGUAUUCUUUGCACUCCUCUUCCAUGCACCAGGUGCAUCACAGGAAGGUUACCAACCUACACCCGGCCGCUACAGAUUCAAUGACGAACCUACCCACCCUGUCGUCUUAGUCCCAGUAGACCCCAACAAUCCCAAUGGGCCUAAGAGACCAUUCCGCCAGUAUCACGCCCCAUUCUACGGCAAGACUGCGAAGCGUUUCGCUACCCAGACCGAACACAUCCUUGCCGAUCCGCCAGGCCUACGUUCUGCUGCGGACGAGUCGGCCGAGUAUGAUGACUCAAUCCGCGUCGCAAUUGCCAUGGGAGGCGCCAGUGAUCUCAACUCCACCAAGCGCACUCCAUACCAGACGGUACAAGGUAUGUUCUGGGCGUAUGACGGCUCAAACCUUAUCGGUACACCACCUCGCCAAUACAACCAGAUAGUACGCCGUAUCGCCGUUACUUACAAGAAAGAUGAUGACCUUGCAAACAGUGAGGUUAAUAACGCAGAUUUCGCGCGCCUCUUUGGCCUUGUCAACGUCGCUUGCGCCGACGCAGGCAUCUUCUCUUGGAAGGAAAAAUGGGAGUUUGAAUUCUGGCGUCCACUGUCUGGCGUCCGUGAUGACGGGCGUCCAGACCACGGAGAUCCUUUCUGGCUCACACUCGGUGCGCCUGCCACAAACACAAACGACAUCCCAUUCAAGCCGCCGUUCCCCGCCUACCCAUCUGGCCACGCGACCUUUGGCGGCGCCGUGUUCCAAAUGGUGCGCAGAUAUUACAACGGCCGUGUAGGAACAUGGAACGACGACGAGCCAGACAACAUUGCCAUUGACAUGGUAGUAUCCGAGGAGCUAAACGGUCUAAGCCGUGACCUACGCCAACCCUACGAUCCCACUGCCUUAAUCGAGGAUCAGCCUGGUAUCGUACGCACCCGCAUCGUGCGGCACUUUAACUCAGCCUGGGAACUCAUGUUUGAAAAUGCCAUUUCGCGAAUUUUCCUCGGCGUCCACUGGCGUUUCGAUGCAGCAGCUGCCCGCGAUAUCCUCAUCCCCACGACGACAAAGGAUGUCUACGCCGUCGAUGCCAAUGGCGCGACUGUGUUCCAGAAUGUGGAAGAUGUUAGGUACUCGACUAAGGGUACGCGUGAGGGUUGUGAGGGCUUGUUCCCGAUUGGAGGUGUGCCGUUGGGCAUUGAGAUUGCGGAUGAGAUUUUCAUGAGUGGGUUGAGGCCUACGCCGCCGGAAGCUCAGCCUGCGCCUCAGGAGCCGCCAACGGUACAGAAGCCAAUCAACCAGGAGGUGAUUAUGGGAAUGCAGGAGGAGGAGGAGGCUUUUGUGCCUGCAGUUAAUGAGGCCCCGUAGAUGGAGCGUUGGAGAAUAUGCUGAUAAGUGAUGGUGCAGGGAUACGAAACGGGGAAUGAGUUCUUGGUCGAGGGUCUGUUUUAAUUGCUUGUUGAUCUCUUACUGUUAAUACCCUUAUCUCGGUAUCAGUCAACACGCUGUGGUCUAGUGUCCUGUCAUUAAUUUCAUACAAUAGAAUGCUUUGCUU